AUGGUGUUGCAAGAGAUCAGCGUAGCUUUCAAUGCAACGGAGACAGUAACCAACAUGAGCGUUGCUGUGUACAUGCUUAGCAUGUCAAUUUUCCCGUUGUGGUGGAGCUCCUUCUCAGAACGAUUGGGUAGACGAACGAUAUACAUCACCUCGUUCAUACUCUUCGUAUUGUUCGCUAUUCUCUCUGCGAUCAGCACAAGCAUCGCUAUGCUGAUCGUCUUCCGUGUUCUGUCUGGAGGCGCAGCGGCAUCCGUACAAGCUGUAGGCGCAGGGACUAUCGCUGAUGUCUGGGAGACGAAAGAGCGCGGAAGGGCAAUGGGCAUCUUCUACCUUGGACCACUCUGUGGACCUCUCUUCGCGCCCAUUAUCGGUGGCGCUUUGGGGUCAGGACUAGGCUGGCGAUCAACACAAUGGUUUCUGGUCAUCUACGGCGGGCUGACACUGAUCUUUAUCAUAUUUGCUCUUCCGGAGACCCUGCACCGAAAAGAGAAACCGUCCGCCGACCCAACGGCCCUACCCAACAACGAUGCUGGGAAAGAGCAAAGUACAACGCUCGGAAGAAGUACCACACGUGCCUCCACUGUCCAGAAGACUAAGAGCAUAUUACUACACCUACGCCACAUCUUCAUCGAUCCACUGCGCAUCAUAGCAUGGCUCCGCUUCCCACCCGUCUUCCUAACCGUUUACUACGCCAGUAUAACAUUCGGCUGCCUCUACAUCCUCAACAUCAGCAUCCAAUCCACCUUCGCCGCUCAGCCCUACUCCUUCUCCACCCUCAUAAUCGGCCUACUUUAUAUCCCCAACUCGGUCGGCUACCUCCUCGCCUCACUCUUCGGCGGCAAAUGGAUCGACAGCAUCAUGCACCGCGAAGCACGGAAAGCAGGCCGCUACGACGACAGAGGCAAACUCAUCUUCCGCCCCGAAGACCGGAUGAAGGAGAAUGCGUGGAUCGCUGCUAUCCUCUGGCCUUCGGCUCUUAUCGUCUAUGGUUGGACCGCGGAGAAGGGUAUCCACUGGAUUGUGCCUAUGAUUAGUAACUUCUUCUUUGGCAUAGGCAGUAUGCUUAUCUUUGCGUUGGUCAAUACCAUGCUCACGGAGUUCAUGCCCAGACGCGCUGCGUCCGGAAUUGCACUGAACAACUUCGUGAGAAAUAUCUUCUCUUUCACUGGCGCGGUGGUUGCGGAACCGAUAUUGAGUGCGAUAGGAAACGGGUGGUUGAUGACGAUUCUGGGCAUUUGGAGUGUGGUCACGGGGUGUAUGGCGCUCUAUGCGAUGGGCAGAUGGGGUGAGAAGUGGAGGGAAGCUAUGGUCAAGGUUUUGGGGUGA